GUUUGACCAAGAGAGACAUAGGAGGCUCGAUAGAAGGAAAAGUUCAAAAGUGUUAGAGCAGACAGAGAGUAACAGAAGGAGAGACACUGAUGGAAAAGGUGAAACAGGACAGGUGUACGAUGACCCAGCAGGUGAGCUCUUCACCCUUCCUGAAGGCUUUUUACCUAAAGAUGCCACUGAGUGUGCCUAGUCCUCUCCAUCAACGACGCCACACGCUGCCUGCCAGUGAGUUCCGCAACCUCACACCACAGGACGCCAUCAGUGUGUUCGAGAUCGAGAGAGAAGCUUUCAUCUCAGUGUCUGGAGAAUGUCCACUCACACUGGACGAGGUGCUGAACUUCUUAGGUCAGUGUCCCGAGCUCUCCAUGGGCUGGUUCGAGGAAGGACAGCUGAUGGGCUUCAUCAUCGGAUCUGGCUGGGACAAGGAAAAACUUGUGCAGGAAGCUCUGACACGUCACGUGCCCAACACUCCUACUGUACACAUCCACGUGUUGUCUGUCCACCGGCACUGUCGUCAACAAGGGAAAGGCUCCAUUCUGCUGUGGCGUUACCUGCAGUAUCUACGCUGCCUUCCAGGUCUGCGCCGAACCCUGCUUGUGUGUGAGAAGUUUCUCGUGCCUUUCUAUGAGAAGGCUGGCUUUAAGGACAAAGGGCCCUCAGCUAUCACAGUAGGAGCUCUCUGCUUCAGAGAGCUGGAGUAUACACUCGCGGGGCUGGCCUAUGCGCGGCGCAAGAGCAACUGCUAA